AUGAUGAAGCCACCACCGCCUGUUCCACCGCCGAAACCUUCUGGAAGUCCAUCUGGAAUUAAUGAAAACAUUGAUACAAGUACAUUCUCAGUGUCAGCAGCAAAAGCUUUAUUCGAAGCAGCCAAGAAACCAGAAGUCAGAAAUGCUGCAAUCGCUGCGGCAAAGAAUCCAUUCGUCAGACAAACGGCUAAAAACGUGGCACAAGACGAGAAAGCACGUGGAGCUGUGCUGAAUGCAGUGAAGGAUCCAAGUGGUGGAAAUAAGAUUUCAGCAGCAUUCGCAGUUGCUGAUGCCAAUCGAAAAUCUGAUGUUCCACCUCCUCCACCGCAUCGAGGAGCCACCGGAGGAGGAACUUCGCCUGGAAAAUUGUCUGGCGCACACUCAGCGAUUCGAUCACAAUUAGAGAAUAUGCAUUUGGGUGGAGGCGGAUCGACCAACACCUCGACAACUUCUACAACUCCAUCUUAUCAAUCCGAUAGUUACAACAACUCCACGUCAUACCAAUCCUCAUAUACUCCAUCUUCCACGUCAUCGGCGCCUGCUCCACCUCCAGUGCCACGUCAUAAUCACUCAACUCCGAGUUAUUCAACACCAGCAAUCAGUACUCCUCACGGCAUCGCAAAGUUCGAUUACACCCCGAUGCAAUCCGAUGAAAUGGCUCUGAGAGUUGGGGAUACUGUACUUUUAUCGAAGAAAGUUGAUGCGGAAUGGUUUUAUGGUGAAAACCAGAACUCCCGCUCGUACGGAAUCGUUCCAUCCUCCUACCUUGACAUCAAAAUUCCACUGAAAGAAGCAUUUUCUGCUCCACCUCCGAGGCCUGCUGCUCCAUCUGGGUCUUCUUCUGGAACAUAUGCAACUGCUAUUUACGAUUAUAAUUCGACAGAAUUUGGAGAUUUGAAUUUUACCGCUGGCACCCAAAUCGUUGUAACCGCCCGUAUCAGUGAGGAAUGGCUAGAAGGAGAAUGCUUCGGACGUACUGGAAUAUUCCCAUCUCAAUUCGUAGACUGUCCGAACCUCUAUCAGGUUCCAAUGAAGCAACAAUCUGCUCCAUCUCCAGCCGUCUACUCUCCACCAAUGAAUAACUCAACUCCAAAACAAACAGUUACCGUAUCCUAUGACUAUGAUUCUGGAGUUGCCACUGACCUCCGAUUAUACGAAGGUGACGUCAUUACAGUCUUGGAAGACAUUGAUUCUCAAUGGUUAUUUGCUGAAUGUCGUGGACAACAGGGAAUGGUUGCGAAGAAUUUCCUCGGUCCUCCGUAUGGAUCACCGAAGAAAAGUGCGUCGAAAGGGAUUGCUGAAAUUGCAUCUGCAUUCUCUCCGAAGAAAGCAGUGGCAACUGGAGACUAUCACUCAGAAGAUCCGAAACAUUUAUAUGUGACACGUGGUGAUCAUUUAUUGAUUGUUGAAGAUGUUGAUGACUACUAUUAUAAAGGAAAAUUGGAAGCAUUCAAGACACUUCCAGCGGGUAUUCUUCCAAAGAAUAUUGUCAAAUUGGAACAUUAA